AUGCAUUUUUUUAAACUCUUUCUUUUAUAUUUCUUCUGCAGUUUUAUUUUCCUUUCAUUAAUUUUUCUUUUUCAUUUUAUUCUCUAUUUUGCAUCUUCAUUUUUUCUUUUUAUUCUUCAUUUUCUUUUACUUUUUCACUUAUUCUUCAUUUUCAAUAUUUUCUUUUUUCAUUUUUAUUCUUCAUUUUCUUAUUUUUUCUAUUUUUUCUUCAUUUUCUUUAACUUUUUUAUUCUCCAUUUUAUUUCAUUUGUUUAUUUUCUUCAUUUUUAUUUUACUUUUUCAUUUGCUGUUUAUUCUUCAUUUUCUUUAUUUUACUUUUUCUUUAUAUUACUUCUUCUCUUCAUUCAUCUUAUUUAUUUUACUUUUUCAUUCUCUUUGUUACAUUUUCAUUUCACUCCUUUUGCACUUUUCAUUUUUCUUAUUUCGACUUCAUUAAUUUUUCGUUUUUCUUAUCUUUUCAUUCAAUUUUUUUUAUCUUUUCAUUCAAUUUUUUUUCCUUUCUUAUUUUACUUUUUCAUUUCAUUAUUCCUUUGUUAUUUUUUCAUUUCACUCUUUUUUUUGCACUUUUUCUUUCAUUGA